AUGCGUUAUAAAGAACAUGGCAUUGUUAUUGAACCAAAUGAAAUCGAAUUUCCACAUGUAAUACAAAAUAAUGCAUAUCGACAAACAAUUCAUGUUAAAAAUGUGGGAAAUAAAAGUAAACGUAUACAAAUAUUUCGACCAGCUAUUAAGGAUUUUCAAUUAAUUGUUAACAAUCCAGAUCAACCUGUUCCACCUGGUCUUGAAGUGACUGGUGUCGUUGAAUAUAUAGCAAAAUCUAAUCAAGAACAACGGGAUAUUAUUGUUAUUGACAUUGAUGGACAAGAAAUACAAAUUCCUAUCUUUGCUUUUCCAGCACGACCGGAAAUUUCAGUUGAUGAUUCAAUCGAUUUUGGUAUUCAUGUUGCUGAUAAUAAAACUGUUUACAAAACGAUUAUUGUUCGAAAUACUGGCAGUACACCUGCACCAUAUAAAAUUGAUUAUAAAGGUGAACAUCCAAUUGGAUUUUCACCACAUUCAGCAAUUGUUCAACCGAAUUCUUCUAUUCCGAUCGAGGUAUCUUUAUUAACAUCAAUGGUCACAGACGUGAAUGAUACUGCAACAUUAGAUGCAUGUCAUAAAACACAUGAAAUCAAAUUAAUAGGAAAAAUAAUGAAUCGUCGUUUAUGUUUACUUCAUCCAAAAAAUAAUGAAGAAUUACAAAAACUUAAUUUUGGUUCUUGUUAUUAUGGUUGUGAUCUUACAGCAUUAGCAAUUCUAUAUAAUGAUUCACCUGAAUCAGUAGCUUAUUCAGCAUUAAUCGAUGAUUCAAAACCAACAGAUUUAGAUCAAGAAGAAAUAUCUGAUACGGAAUAUACAAUGAAUCCAUUAAAUUCUAUUAUUACUGUAUUUCCAAAUCAAGGCAUACUUAAUCCAUUUGAAAAACGUCCAUUAUUUUUUCGAUUUAGUCCAAGAACUUACUCACCAAAACAAGCGUUCGCUACUACACUUGAUCUACCACCAAGACGUGAUAUAGCUGCUUUUAUGUAUUUUGAAUUAUUAGGUGCAAGUCCUGGUCUAUCAAAUAUUGAACAUAGUAAAACAAAACUUGAAAUAGCAGUAGCUGGCACAGCUUUGCCAGUUAUAUUAUCACUUGAACCACAAGCAUUACAAUAUCCAGUAACAUACAUAGGACAAAAAAAUGAACAAUUUAUUUAUAUUUAUAAUCAAUCUGAUCAUAAAUCGAUUGAUUUUCGUUUUCCAUCAAUCGCAAAUUUUGCUAUACAACCAGCAAGUGGAAAAUUAAAACCAAGAGAAAAAUUACAAAUUCUCGUUACAUUUAUUCCACAUCAGAUAGGUAACAUUAAUAAAACACUUAUAUGUGAAGUACUUGGUGCAGUUGUAAAUCCUAAUGCACCAGUUUAUGCACAAUCAAAACCUAUUCAUCAAGCACAAUGUGUAUUAAUGGGUUAUUCAGCAGUUAUUACUGAAAUACCACCAGAAAAAUUUAACAUGGGUCUUAAACCAAUCAUUUCUAAUGAAGUUGGUAUUAAUGUGAAUACAACACAAGAAUCAUUAAAACGUUUUCAUCCACGUGCAGCUGUUUUAAAUAGUGCUAAUGACACAAUACAUAAUAAACGAGCAUCAACUACAUAUUUAAAUAAUUUUAAAAAACAUAAAGUAUCAUUUCCUAAUGAUCGUGCAAGAAGUAUUGGUCCAUUUAAUCGAGAAGAUAGUUUUAUAACACCUUUUACUAAAGAAGAACGAUAUAAUUAUAUUGAUCCAGAUUAUGCAUAUACAGAUGAAGAAAGAAAACAAAUUGAAAUGCAUGAAAAUAUGUAUAAUCAAUUAUUUGAUGAACAAAGAUUUCAACGAUCAGAAGUUAAAAGAACAAAAGAAUUUAAAAAAUAUGAUAAUGAAACAGAUCUUGGAAUCAAGCCAGGCAAUGGACUUGAAUCACCUCAUAUUGCUUUAGCUGACGUAGAAAAAAAUGUCAAUAAAGCUAUAAUUCCAUCUUAUCCUAAUUGGAAAUAUCGUCUACCAACAACAUCUGAAUUAGCUGAACAAGAACAAACAUUAUUAAAUAAACCACUAAAAGAAGGUCUUAAUUCAGUACCAACGACACAAAAAGAAAAAAAUGAUUGUGCUAUACUAUUAUCACCAAGUCAAUUAUUUAAAAUUGUUGUUGGACCACCAGAAUUAAAUUUUGGUGAUGUUUGUGUUAAUGCACCUGUAACAAAAUUUUUAUCUGUUCUUAACAAUCUUGAUCAAUAUAUUCUUGUUCAAAUAGAUGUUGAUUCGGCUGCUUUAAAAAUGACAUCACCAUUAUGUCAAGUUAUACCAGGAAAAUCUCAUGUACAAUUUCCAAUAACAUUUGAACCAACACAAAUUGGCCUUUAUCAACGUUCACUUUCAUAUAUAAUUAAUAAUUUUUAUCGUCAUUAUGUUAAAAUAAUAGCUGAUGUUCGUUUACCAACAGUACAAUUAUCAACAGAAAAACUUCUUAUACGUUCAUUACCACAUCUUUUAGCUGAAGAUUCAUUUCGUAAAGUUGUUCAUUUAUAUAAUCCAUUAAAUGCACCAGCUGAAUUUCGUUGGAUACCUAUUAUUGGUCCAAAAGGAACAGCAUUUUCGAUUCGUCCAGCAACAGGAAUUAUUGAACCAUAUCAAACAAUUGACAGUGAAGUUGUUUGGUAUGGUAGCACACAAGCACCAUUAGAAAAUUUUUUUACAUUACAUAUUUUUUCAACGAGUGAUUCACGAAAAAUACCAGGAAAUAAUACUUCAACAAUAUCAAAUAAUGAAACAACUUUAACACUUCAAUGUAUUGCUCAAGUUGGUAAAGCAAAAUUUAAAAUUCCGGAAAAACGUGUUAAUUUUGGUUUAAUACCAAUAAAUAUGAUAUCAAAAAAAUCAUUUACGAUUGUAAAUGAAGGAACAAAUCAUCUUUUUUAUCAAAUAACUGAUCCAAACCCAUGUUCUGGUGUUGUUAUAAGUCCAGCAAAUGGUCUUGUUUCAGCUGGUUCACAAACAAGUAUAACAAUAGAAGUGACACCAAUCGAACUAAUUAAAUUCGAUAUUAAAUUUGGCUUAAAAGUUCUUGGACAACAUGAACAAGAAAUUCGUAUGACAGGUGAAGUUAUUGAACCAGAUUUAAAUAUACCUGAAAAUGAAUUUAAUUUUGGUGGUGUACCAAUAUUAAUGAAAGCAACAAAACAAUUUCAUAUUGAAAAUAAAAGUCCAUCAAGUUGGUCUUAG